GGAGGGAGUAUUUAUUUGCUGUUCUGGUUGAUAUAGCAUGAGACCUUAACUAUUCAUUUCUGGAUGGUGAUUAGAAUGAGAGAAGUGAUCCAGUUCUGCUCUGUGGUGGACUGUUCUGUUGCUGUGUACGUGAAGCGUUUGUCUGCUGGACUGCAAAUGCAGGCUUUGCUUCUGGAGCACAAAGACUGGAGAUGGAGAGAAGGAAAUGCUUUCUGAGGGCCCUGAGGAAAGAACUCAAGAUACACAAAUCAAAGCACUUUGCAAGCAGCUGGACCAGAAGAGAUACUUGGGCUCCAAAGAUGGGAGCAUCACAGAAGUGAACGUGAGCCCCUGCCCCACACAGCCCUGCCAGCUCCAGAAAGGGACGUCUUACAGCGUCAACGUCACCUUCUCCAGCAAGAUCGACAGCCAGGGCAGCAAAGCAAAGGUGUAUGGGGAGAUACUCCAUGUGGACGUACCCUUUCCCAUCCCUGAGCCUGACGGAUGCAAGAGUGGGAUCCAGUGCCCCAUUGAGAAAGGCCAUUCCUACAGCUACCUGAACAAGCUGCCUGUGAAAAGCGAGUACCCCAGUAUUAAACUGCUUGUCCAGUGGGAGCUGGUUGAUGACCAAGGCCAGAUGCUAUUCUGCUGGAAGAUACCUGUCCAGAUCACCAGCUAAGGAACCCUGCUUGCCCUGUGGGUGGCUUUGGGGGAGGGUAGAAGUGAAAACCUGGGUCAGACUUAUAUAAUGGGCAUUUCCUGGCAUUUGUUUCAAAAUUCUGCAGCCUCCAAGCAGCCAGCACUGUGUUCUCCCAAAGCUGAGGUGCAGUUGCUGCAGCAGCAUCAACAGGCAGAGGGCUCAACUCCCUGUAGCUUGAGAGGGAGCAGAGUCUGGCAGCCAGUGAUGGCAGUGGCUGAGCAGCACACUGCUGGAGCUCCUGUGGAGGUUUUUUUCUCUCUCUCUCUCUCUCUCUAAUGCAAUGGGGUUGGUGUCAGCUGCUGUCUGUUAACCCUUGAGUGCCUGUUCUGAUAGAAUACUGCUGCGUCCCUCUGCUUUUCUCCUGCUCAGUCAUGACCAGAGUGUUCCUGCGACCUGCAUCUGCCAUCCAGAGCCAAUGGAGGGUGAAGAGAGGGGACUGGCACUGCCACUUGUCUUCCAUAAGCACUGGUGUCUCCUUGGUCCAGCAACUCUACAGCUGGGAGAAUGCUUCCUCUGUGCAGGCACAAACCCAAACUGCACACAGCAUCGCUGCAGGGACGACUCUUACUAACCAGUGAUUUGCACUGUCUGCUAACUUACAUGGAGCUGCUGCUGGGGGCUCUUCACCCCUAACAUCUUUUUAUAACUUUCCUUUUAAUAAAGGCUCAAUAAAAACUGC